AUGUCGAACCACACUCAGAAGACCUACACUCUCAACACGGGCGACAAGAUCCCCGCCAUCGGCCUGGGCACCUGGCAGUCCAAGCCCAAUGAGGUCCGGGAGGCUGUCAAGAACGCCCUGCUGAAAGGCUACCGCCACAUCGACACCGCUCUGGCAUAUGGCAACGAGGCCGAGGUCGGUGCCGGGAUCCGUGACUCGGGCGUUCCCCGCGACCAGAUCUGGCUCACCACCAAGCUAGACAACACCUGGCACCACCGCGUCGAGGAUGGCAUUGCCUCAUCGCUGAAGGACCUCGGCGUUGACUACGUGGACCUCUACCUGGUGCACUGGCCCAGCUCGACCGACCCCAAUGACAAGAAGAAGCACCUCCCCGACUGGGACUUCAUCAAGACCUGGCAAGAGAUGCAGAAGCUGCCGGCCACCGGCAAGGUCCGCAACAUCGGUGUCUCCAACUUUGGCAUCCAGAACCUGGAGAAGCUGCUCAACGACCCCAGCUGCAAGAUCGUCCCCGCUGUCAACCAGAUCGAAUUGCACCCCAACAACCCCUCGCCCAAGCUGGUGGCCUACAACACUUCCAAGGGUAUCCACUCGACCGGCUACUCGUGCCUGGGAUCGACCAACUCCCCCCUCUACAAGGACCCGACUCUGCUGCAGAUUGCAGAGAAGAAGGGCAAGACCCCCCAGCAGGUGCUGCUGGUGUGGGGUCUGCAGAAGGGCUGGAGUGUCAUCCCCAAGUCGGUCAGCAAGUCGCGCAUCGAUGCCAACUAUGAGAUUGAUGGCUGGGACUUGACCGCCGAGGAGGUCAAGCAGCUGGAUAACCUCAAGGACCGGUUCAAGGUCUGUGGGGAUGACUGGCUGCCGAUCAAGGUGUUCUUUGGAGAUGACGAGUGA